CCUGCUGGCACUGGCAGACACGCGGCAGCUGCAGCUCCUGCACUUCUGCCUCUUCCUGGGAUCUCCCUGGCUGCCCUCCUGGGCAACGGCCUCAUCAUCAGAGCCGUAGCCUGCGGCCACCACCUGCACACGCCCAUGUUCUUCUUCCUGCUCAACCUGGCCCUCAGCGACCUGGGCUCCAUCUGCACCACUGUCCCCACAGCCCUGCACAAUUCCCUCUGGGACACCAGCACCAUCUGCUACACAGGAUGUGCUGCUCAGCUAUUUCUGAUUUUCUUCUUCAUGGGAGCAGAGUUUUCCCUACUGACCAUCAUGUGCUACGACCGCUACGUGUCCAUCUGCAAACCCCUGCACUACGGGACCCUCCUGGGCAGCAGAGCUUGUGCCCACAUGGCAGCAGCUGCCUGGGCCAGUGCCUUUCUCAAUGCUCUGCUGCUCACAGCCAAUACAUUUUCCCUGCCCCUGUGCCAUGGCAAUGCCCUGGGCCAGUUCUUCUGUGAAAUCUCCCAGAUCCUCAAACUCUCCUGCUCCAAAUCCUACCUCAGGGAACUUGGGCUUCUUGAUGUUAGUGUGUGCUUAGGACUUGGAUGUUUUGUGUUCAUUGUUUUCUCCUAUGUGCAGAUCUUCAGGGCUGUGCUGAGGAUCCCCUCUGAGCAGGGACGGCACAAAGCCUUUUCCACCUGCCUCCCUCACCUGGCUGUGGUCUCUCUGUUCCUCAGCACUGGCACAUUUACCUACCUGAAGCCUCCCUCCAUGUCCUCCCCAUCCCUGGAUCUGGCCCUGUCAGUUCUGUACUCGGUGGUGCCUCCAGCCCUGAACCCCCUCAUCUACAGCCUGAGGAACCAGGAGCUCAAGGCUGCAGUGUGGACACUGAUGACUGGAUGCUUUCAGAAACAUUAAACUGCUGGCCAAUUUCUGCAAAUCACUUGUAAUAAAAGUAAUCUUUGAUA